CCAUGAGCACCGAUAACAGUCAUUCCAAUCCAAUUGCAAUUUAAACAUGAAGGAGAAGAAAUCUAAGAAGAAAUCCCGCAAAUCGGCCAAUAAGCCCAAGGAGACAUCGGAUUCGGAAAAGAUCAUAGAGCUGAUGCACGAGUACAACGACCUGAAGGAUGCCACUCAACUGGUCCUGGGAGCCUUGGCGACCCUGAAAAGCGUUCCCAUCCGGUCGGUUUAUGCCACCUACAGUCUGCCCAGAGACGAAUAAAAAGGAUUUCUUUGGGGUGUAGUCUUCAUGUACUUGAUGUAAACAACUUGAAAAACAACCAAAUGCAUGUAAAUGCCUCCUGGUUUGGCAGUUCCUUUAGUCUACCACUAAUAAAUCCACCUAAAACUA